UUUGAUCCAGCUCCGGUCACCCUUUUCCUUCUUCUUUUUUUUUCCUUGCUUGAGGUGGGGGGUGGAGUGGAGAGAGCAGUAGAGCCAGUAACAAUUAUUAAACUUUUCCAUGUGCUACAUGUGCCCCAAAAGGUAGCAAUCAUUAACGCUGGCUGCUGCUUUUGCAUCGUCGUCGGCGAUGGCCUGCAGGUCGCUGCUGCUGCGGCGGCGGCGUCGGACGCCAGCCAGGAGGACGGCUGGGUGGUGUGCAGGGUGUUCAAGAAGAAGCACCACCACAAGGAGUCAUCGGGAGGUGGCGGCGGCGGCGGCGGACGAAACGGCGGCAAGGAAGCGGCGGUGAACCACGGCCUGCAGUACUCCUCCAGCGACGACGCGCUCGACCAGAUCCUGCAGUACAUGGGCAGGUCGUGCAAGCAGGAGCACGAGCAGCUCCUCUCGCCGCAGCUCAGCGGCGGCGGCGGCGCGGGGAGGGCGGCGAGGUACCUCCGGCCAAUCGAGACCGUGCUGGACCGGCACGGGUUCAUGAAGCUGCCCCCGCUGGAGAGUCCGUCGUCGGCCGCCCUGACGACGCCGCAGCCGCACGUCUCGGCAGCAGGCGACGCGGCGGCGGCCACCGCCGGCGGAGACGACCUCCUCCUCCACGGCGGCGUGAGCGGGAUCACGGACUGGGCCAUGAUGGACCGGCUGGUGGCGUCGCACCUCAACGGGCAGGCGCCCGACGCCGCGGCCCCGGCGGCGGACCACCUCUGCUUCGACGGCGGCGCCGACGACGCCGACGGGCUCGCCUUCUACACCGCCGCCACCACGAGGCUGCUCGGCGGCGGCGGCGCCGAGGACGACCUGUGGAGCUUCACCCGGACGUCGUCGGCUCCGGCCACGUCGACGGAGCGCCUGAGCCACGUUUCACUGUAGCCGUCUGGUUCCGGCCGUCGUCGGCCUACUACGUACGUAAAGCCCCCUAGCUAGCUACGUGACAUGGCGAGCUGCAUGCCCUGCUGCGCUGGUACAGUAAAGAGACAACGCCAACAACACCAAGAAGAGAGGGAGAGAGAAAGGGAAGAAAAAAAAUAAAAGAAAGAUCUCUAGAGAGAGAGAGAGAGUGAUUUUCAAAGGUGAUUAGAGUGAUGAGAGAGAAAGGAGCUGAGCAGAAAUGAAUGGGCGAUUGAUGGAUUAAAGGUGGCAGUAAGUUGGAGUGGCACUGUCAAACGCCAGGUCGCCGGCCUCUCAUCAGCUAGCUCCUUCUCGAUCUCAGCUCAUCAGCUCGUCCCUGUUUAAUUAACCCCCUGGAUUACUGUUAUAAUCACAACAUUAAUAGCAGACUGUUACUUAUAACUAGAUCGAUCGAUACAACAUCUGUCACUUGUAUUAUUAAUUAAAAUGUUCAUUUCUAUAUUACUACAUGUACAGGAGGGAGAGGGCGAUUUGGUAAUUUA